GGAAAAAAAGUCUCAAACUAAAUCAGAAAACAAAUUAAAUUGUUCAACUAACUACAAUUUACUUUCAUUAAACAAUCAAAAUGAAAUCCAUCUUCUUCAUUGCUUGUGCUUCACUUGUAAUUACUUCUGCAAUCGGUGUAACAAUUAAAGGAGACUCUUGUCCAACUCCUACAGUUCCUAAGGGAAUCAAUUACUGGUCCUUCAGCUAUUUCACCAAAAUCACUGGUUGGUAUGAAAUUGGUCGAACCGAUAAGACUGUUCCAAACACCAUUCAAAACACCAUUGAAAUCGAUCAUCUCUACCCAGGAAAAGUUUACAUCUUGAACAAGGGUACAGUUAAAGAACCUGAAAGCGCCGUACUUUGGGAUAAAAAGGUCAACUUAAUCGAAGGUAAUUUCUCUGGUGGAUCUUACUAUCGCGUAGUUGGAGAUGAUGAUCCCGUCUCAUUCAACAUCAAUCAAGAUGGUAAACAAGCCACUUUCUGGAUGCCCUACUACUCCGAGGACUGGACCGCUGUCUUGGCUUCUUGCUCAUCAAAUGGUGAUGGUACUCUUGAUGUCAAAGCUUGGUAUGUGUCUCGAGCACAAUCGAAGAAGAUCUCAAGUGAAGUCCAAGAAAUCGCCAAAUUAUUGACUGGUAAAAGUUUCGUAGAAACUUGUCAACAAGCUUUAUGUUAAUCAUUCAAUUAUUUUAAAUCAAAAUAUUUUGUUUAAUUAACGCGAUUAAUAAACAUGAAUCGUAUUCAGCAUU